AACUCUUGAUUUAAUGCGGCGAGUUGGUGAUGUAAAAACAUAGGGACAGGGAGCGAAAAUCAAGACCCGUGGGCGCAAAAUUGAAUCGAAGUCAAAGACUUGGACAAAACACCAAGGAAGUCGGUUUCAAGGAAAGUGUCAGACAACUCGUACUUGUCAUUCAUUCUCAAGUCUCAACUUCUCUUUAUAUGUAAAAACGAUGCGGACAUUCGUACUCUUUGCUAGUCUCAGAAACCAUCUAAGCCGUCGCUUUCACUCUCAGAAUAAAAAUCAAAAUCAAUACCGUCUUCUCUCUUCUCGUUUCCUAUCCUCUUCUUCUCCUCCCUCAAUGGCUUCUUCCAAUUCAUCUCCUGCUGUCACCAUUGACACCAUCAACCCAAAGGUUAAAACAUGUGAAUAUGCUGUUCGUGGUGAGAUUGUCAUCCUUGCCCAGAAAUUGCAAGAAGAGUUACAGGCUAAGCCAGGUUCUCACCCUUUUGACGAGAUAAUAUACUGCAAUAUUGGAAAUCCCCAGUCUCUUGGUCAGCAGCCGAUAACAUUUUUCCGAGAGGUCCUCGCAUUGUGCGACCAUCCAACUAUUUUGGACAGAAGUGAAACACAAGCUUUGUUCAGCGCGGAUUCCAUUGAGCGAGCUUGGAAGAUUCUGGAUCAAAUUCCCGGAGGUGCAACUGGUGCUUAUAGUCAUAGUCAGGGUAUCAAGGGAUUACGUGAUACCAUAGCUGCUGGAAUUGAAGCUCGUGACGGUUUUCCUGCUGAUCCAAAUGAUAUUUUCUUGACAGAUGGUGCUAGCCCAGCUGUCCAUUCAAUGAUGACUUUACUUAUAAGAUCAGAGAAAGAUGGAAUCCUUUGUCCCAUUCCUCAGUACCCUUUAUACUCUGCUUCAAUUGCUCUCCAUGGUGGCACUCUGGUUCCUUACUAUCUUGAUGAAGCAACCGGAUGGGGAUUGGAAAUAGCAGAGCUUAGGAAGCAGUUGGAAGAUGCCAAGGCCAAGGGUGUCACUGUUAGGGCCUUGGUCGUAAUAAAUCCAGGGAACCCAACAGGGCAGGUUCUUGCUGAAGAGAACCAGAGGGACAUUGUGAAUUUCUGUAAACAAGAAGGUCUUGUUCUUCUUGCAGAUGAGGUGUACCAGGAAAAUGUUUAUGUUCCAGAGAAGAAAUUUAACUCUUUCAAGAAGGUUUCCCGAUCUAUGGGGUAUGGUGAGGAGGACAUAUCCCUAGUAUCCUUUCAGUCAGUCUCUAAAGGUUACCAUGGGGAGUGUGGAAAAAGAGGAGGUUACAUGGAGGUCACUGGGUUUACUCCUGACAUAAGGGAGCAAAUAUACAAAAUGGCAUCUGUUAAUCUUUGUUCUAAUAUAUCUGGUCAAAUUCUUGCAAGCCUUGUCAUGAGUCCACCCAAGGUUGGAGAUGAAUCCUAUGAAUCUUACUGUGCAGAAAGGGAUGGAAUUCUCUCGUCAUUAGCUAGGCGUGCAAAGACACUGGAAGAUGCUUUAAACAGUUUGGAAGGAAUAACAUGUAACAAAGCAGAAGGAGCAAUGUAUCUCUUUCCCCGCGUUCGAUUGCCAGAGAAGGCAAUCAAAGCUGCAGAAGCUGCAAAAUGUGCUCCAGAUGCAUUCUAUUGUCGUCGCCUCCUGAAUGCCACUGGCAUUGUUGUUGUUCCCGGGUCUGGUUUUGGGCAGGUUCCUGGCACUUGGCAUUUCAGGUGCACAAUACUGCCUCAGGAGGAUAAGAUUCCGGCCAUUGUUUCGCAUCUGACAGACUUCCAUAAAAGUUUCAUGGAUGAGUACCGUGGCUAAGUGGUUUCGUUAAAACUGGAGAAGAAUAAGGUGGUAGCCAUUACAAUGCGAAUGCGCAUUUAACUCAUGCCUUUUGAAGUUUUCUAUUGGGAAAGGACAUUGCCAUUUUUGGUUGAAUGAAGUGUUAUAGAAUCAUGGUUUACUGUCAAAAAUGUGUUUCAUAAAAUAGAGUUCAUUUUUCAAAA